AUUUCCCACAAGUCCCAUUUCCUCUCUGCAAAUUCCUCCAAUGGCGGAAGCCUCCACCGCUCUCUGCUUCUCCUCCUUCUCUCGCCCCAACCACCCCUCUCUCUCCCGCUCUUUCCCCCGCAAUUUCCCAGUUUCCCAUCCUUGCCCCUCCCGCCUCCUCCGCUUUCCCGCCAAAUCAUCCUCCUCCGAUUCCCUCCCCGACGACCUCUUCGGCUUCUUUCCCUGGUCCAACGACUCCGAAAUUCAAUGGGUUCCUGAGGACAGAGUCACAUUGUUCACUUCUGAGGGGCUUGUUCAGAUUGGAGGCUCCAUAGUCCCCCGCCGUGUUGCGUCUUCGGAUAAGAAGAGGUCAAAGACUAGUCAAAGAUAUCAGCGGUUUCAAGAGAGGGAUUACAUGGAUACGGAGCAGGGUCUGUGUUUGGGUGCUCUCUUUGAUAUUGCAGCAACAAAUGGACUUGAUAUGGGCAGGAGGCUUUGUAUAUUUGGGUUUUGCCGGUCCAUUGAGAUGCUAAGCGAUGUUGUGGAAGACACUGUGUUGGAACAUGGUGGGGAGGUUGUUGAGGCAGAGAAGGCGACAAAAGGUGGUUUGCAUGAAAAGCUAAGAAUGACGGUUGCAGUACCAUUACUUUGGGGGGUUCCUCCUGCUUCUGAAACCCUUCACCUCGCUGUUAAGAGUGGUGGAGGAAUUGUAGAUAAGGUUUAUUGGCAAUGGGAUUUUCUGUAAAAAAAUUUACACCGUUUCUUCUAACCAUUGUUUGUGCAUGUUGUACAUAAAAUUGCUGUAAUUUGCCCUGUACAAAACUCAUUUGUUGUAUUCCAUGGUCCAUAGUAUUGUACC